UCCAUGAAGUCCACCAAGAUAAAUUUUGUUGCACCCAGACAUGUCAAACCUAACUACCAAACUGCUUCAACCAUGGCUUGCUUGCAAAAACACUCCCCUGCACUAAUGGAGAUACUGCUAAGUAGACUACAAAGCAUUGAUACAGCUUCGAAAAUGGAUCAUCAUUUAUAUGAAUAUGGAGCUGUCAAAUAUCAUAUUCAGCAGGCAUCAGGUCUGAACCCAAAGAUAAUUCAACUAUCAAUAUCUGUUGCACCACUUUCUCCGUUUGUAAGGAUUGCAAAAGACCUCUCAACUGAUGUAAUACGAGAAAUAAGAGAACUGUGUGCAGAUUUAGUGGAGAUUGUUGAACCUACAGAAGAAGGAUAUCAACUCACACUGAGAUUUGACUUCUCAAGGUUUCCAGCUAACAAAGAGGAGAGCAUGAAGCUGAUCAAGAGCAUUUCUUCACUGAGAACAACAAUAUUAGCAUCACAACUUAGAGACAUGCUGAGGAAUGAAAAGAACCUAAAAGGAAUAUCCAGGCCGAUCAAAAUUGCCUACCAUCCAAGAGAAUACUUCUUCAUUGUUAGACAGGCUGAGAAGACUACAGUGAUAUUUCCUAUGCACUUCAAGGACGACCUAGAUGUGGUUAUUGCAACAGCUCUUUUCCAGGCAGUCAUGGAUAUGAGAUGCACCACAAAUUGGAAGAAAGCACCCUUUUGCACAUGGUCACCAAUUCCUCCUAGAGAGCUAAGAGGAGAACAUAUCAAAGAUUUGAUCACAAAUGGUGGAUUUGUCUCAUUUGAGAUAUUGCCAUGUCACACGGAGAGAGAAAAAAUAGACAAGACUAUCUGGAGCUUGUUGAAUUUCUGUGCCUAUGUGAAACGUCAUGUAAAGCACUCAAAAGGUUUCAUAGGAAGACAGAUGAAUAGUCGUUUGGAUUGCAUGGUGAAGGUAUUGCAGUGUGCAAAAAAUGUGGGAAAAGAACAUAAACCCAAUCGAGGUUGCAAGCAAAUGAGGAAUUUGAUCAAUAUCUCAAAGUCGAAGAGAAUCAAAAGAAGUUGCACUCUAUUUAAAAGUAAGUUGAAGAAAAGACGAAUGAGAAUCAAAAUUCAUGGAUUUGCUCAGUUGCGACGCCGCUGGAUGAAGAUAAUGAAAUUCACUUCCUCGAGAAAAUUUGAGUAAGACAAUUGUAAGAAAGAGAAAUUUGAGAAGAAACAUGUAUGGCAUAUUCUUUUGCACAAGCAGCAACAUUUCGGCAUAUAAUUUAUGCUAACAUGAACAGCAAAACCAGCUACUGUCUGUGUGCGUUAAAAACUUAAAAUGAAUGUAUCACAGUAGCUGCAAUGUUGUUUGUACUUUGU